UAUGUGGAAAGCGUAGCAGAUGGCAACGUUGCAUCAUCUAACGUUCGUUUCUUCUUCCUUCACUUUCCGACCAAUGUCGGUUCGUUGCGACAACGAGCGCCGUGCGCUGUUUAGCCGCAUUGCUCCUGUCUAUGAUAACCUGAAUGAUUUGCUGAGCUUGGGUCAGCACCGGAUUUGGAAGCGAAUGGCAGUUUCGUGGACUGAAGCGAAAAUGGGAGACCGUGUGUUGGAUUUGUGCUGUGGAAGUGGAGAUUUAUCGUUUCUCUUGUCCCAGAAAGUUGGCUCUGAUGGAAAGGUGAUUGGUCUUGAUUUCUCGAGGGAGCAGUUAUUGAUUGCUACAUCUCGGCAGCACUCGCUUUCUAACAAGUGCUUCACGAAUAUUGAGUGGAUUGAAGGUGAUGCUCUUGACUUGCCAUUUUCUGACGGUUGGUUUGAUGCUGUCACUGUGGGCUAUGGUCUUCGGAAUGUGGUUGACAAGCGUAAAGCCAUACGGGAAAUUUUAAGAGUCCUGAAAGCUGGGUCUAGGGUGUCUAUCCUUGACUUCAAUAAAAGUGAUGAGUCACUAACUUCUUCAAUUACGGAAUGGAUGAUUGACAAUAUUGUUGUCCCUGUAGCCUCUGGUUAUGGCCUUUCUGAGGAAUACAGAUAUCUCAAGAGUUCAAUAAGAGAGUUUUUAACAGGGAAGGAAUUGGAGAAACUUGCUUUAGAAGUAGGAUUUUCUGCUGCCCGACACUAUGAGAUCAGUGGAGGCCUCAUGGGGUGCUUGGUAGCUAAACGUUAGAUGGGAUUUAUGGAUUAUCUUUUCUACUAACAGAUUUUUUUUGUCCCAGUGUGAAUUGUAUUCAGGUUGUAAAAACAUGAAAUCUGUUGCUAAUCGAAGUGCAUUACUAU